AUGUAUGUAUGUAUUUCCCCUUCCGGUCUGGCUAUAUUUACAGCAAUCCUCCAGUCGACGCACGGGCACAAUAUGCUCCAACUGCCGGACGGCCACAACAACGCUGUGGCGAAGAAACACCAACGGAGAGCCCGUAUGCAACGCCUGUGGCCUGUAUUUCAAGCUGCACAGCGACAAGAGGGACCUUUGGAAUUUUGUGUCAGCCUUGUCGAGUCGACCAAGUCUAUUCUUCCAUAUAAAGGAGACUCUGACUAUGUCAGUCUGGCCAACAUGCGAUGUCAGCUGUGCGCCAUGGCCUCUUCCCUGAGACAUGUUUGGCCAUCUCAACCGGGCCGAUGGUUAUACUUGGACGCCGACAUGUCAUAUGUAUCAAUCAUGUUGACGACAGUUUACAUGUGGAACUUUUGUGAUGGUCCACUCCUGCUAGACGGGAGGAAGGGUGGAUAG